AUGGGCAAGAGCCGGACGAAGCGCUUCAAGCGACCUCAGUUCUCGCCUACGGGCGACUGUCAGGCCGAGGCGGCGGCGGCGAACGGGACGGAGCCAGAGGAGGACGACGGGCCAGCGGCGGAGCUGCUGGAAAAACUUCAGCACCCGAGCGCCGAGGUCCGCGAGUGCGCCUGCGCGGGGCUGGCCCGGCUGGUGCAGCAGCGGCCGGUGCUCCCGGGCCUGGCGCGCCGGGACGCCGUGCGCCGCCUCGGGCCGCUGCUGCUCGAUCCUAGCCUGGCGGUGAGGGAAACAGCGGCCGGCGCACUGAGAAAUCUCAGUGCUUGUGGUGGUUUCGAAGUUUGUGAUGACAUGGUGACCAAGGAUAUCAUGACUCCACUGGUUGCACUGCUGAAAGAGUGUAGUACUGGACUGGAUUCAAAUGAGAUGUCUCCUCAGAAAAAAAAAGAUCAGAACAGAAAUUCUAUUGAAAACAUAGCCAACGAGGCCGUAAAUGUGCUGUGGAAUAUAUGUGAAUGCAGUAGUAGAGCAGUAUCUCUAUUCAACAAAGAAGGGUGUUUGGAGAUUGUAUUAAAGUAUUUAAGUAGGUUUUCCACCAAUGUUGACCUGGCUAUUUCAGUAGCAUAUUGUUUGCAGACGGUGACUGAAGAUAACCCAGAGCUACUGAAAUCUUUCAGUACCCCAGCAUUGCAUGUGCUGGAAUCAGCAAUGCUUUCUCCUGUCAAUUCCAUGGAGUAUUUUCUAUUGAAGACACUGGUGGCAGGCACAAUUUGGAAUCUAAAGGACAUUAUUCCUUCCAAGAGUCAGGCAGAAAUCAUAAAUGCCAUACUAAAGAUCUUAUCUGAAGUUCUGGAAAUGGAUGCUGGUGAAACGGUUAUUCAAAUGAAGGAGGCUGAAACUCAAAGGAUAAAAACCGCUGCAGAGACUGAGGACACAUUACAGAAUGCUAAUGGUGAUGAUCUGAUGGAAGAUGAUGAAAUGGAAGAAAUUCCUCAUAGAAGGAAAGUCAGAAGGAAAACUUUCAUUUCAGAUUUACUUCCACCCACCGACAAGGAGCUGAGAGAGGCCAUAGCGUUGCUGACAGCUCAGCAGACUGCUCUGGAAAUCGUUGUGAACAUCUGCUGCAGCGAAGAUCCCACAGACGACGAAUGGGAAGAGCUCUCUAGCAGUGAUGAAAGCGACGCGUUCAUGGAGAGCUCCCUCAGUGAAUGUGGCGGGCAGCUGCUCUCUCCUCUCUGCCUGUCCCAUGAGGUUCACACGGCUCUCACCCACCACCUCCUCCCAAAGAAGAUUUUUGACAAAACUGCCUUUCCAAACAGCAUUGCAGUUGACGUGUGCUCUAGGAACCCCACUUGGAAACCUUUGAUUAGAAAAAUGAACACUAUACAGUGCAGAGCGCUCGUGUGUCUGCAGAGCCUCGUCUCCCUGCUGGAUGUGGACCAUCUAGGAGGACCUGCUGCCCUUCAGACUCUUGCACAGCACCUGUCACAGCUGCUGUUUUCUCAGCCAGAUUUUGCUAAGCACGUUGACUUUUUAGAAGCCAUAAGUAGUGCCUUGAGGGCCCUUUUGCAAACAAUGGCCUCCAAGAACAUUCCUCAGUGCAUGACUCCCGACCAGCUGAUGACUCUGUGCACCGCAGGCGUCCACAGUAGUAAUGUGGGGGUGAGAGUGAACGUGGUUAGUAUUUUAGGAAUCACAGGCAGCGUCCUAGCCAAAGAAGAUGGCACGCUUGACAUCCUCAAGACUAUCGGGUACUUUCUGCUUGAGGUUGCCACCAAAGACCCCUGUCUCGUGGUAGCAGGGGAGGCCUUGGAUGCCCUCUUUGACGUUUUUGCAGAUGGUAAAGAAGCUGAAAUGGCCUCAGUUCAAAUUAAAUUGUUGUCUACUCUGAAAGAAUUCCAGCCAGUCUUCAAAAUGAAGAUACGAAAAGAAGGGAGAACUAAAUACAGUCCAGAUCAGCUGUGUGUUCUUGACAACGUGAAGAUGAAUUUGAGAAGAUUUGUCGCUUAUCAAGAAAUUGUUGAGAAAAGACUGACUACUUGA